CAGCUCCGCGGCAAGGCUUCCUUCGCUCCAGCCCGCACCACGCCCCGCUCUCCACCGCCGGUCUUGACGCCCCUCCGGCCCAGGGCUCCGCCCACUCGCCCGCGCCCCGCCCACAUCCCAGCGCCCGCUGCAGUGUGGGUAGGCGGCGGCGGCGGCGGCGCGGCUGAGGGCUCCGGAGCGAGCCUGCGCGCCGAAGAUGGCUGAGAAGCAGAAGCACGACGGGCGGGUGAAGAUCGGGCACUAUGUGCUGGGGGACACGCUGGGCGUCGGCACCUUCGGCAAAGUGAAGAUUGGAGAACAUCAGUUGACAGGCCAUAAAGUGGCAGUUAAGAUCUUAAAUAGACAGAAGAUUCGCAGUUUAGAUGUUGUUGGAAAAAUAAAACGAGAAAUUCAAAAUCUGAAACUCUUUCGUCAUCCUCAUAUUAUCAAACUAUACCAGGUAAUCAGCACUCCAACAGACUUUUUUAUGGUAAUGGAAUAUGUGUCUGGAGGUGAAUUAUUUGACUACAUCUGUAAACAUGGACGGGUUGAAGAGAUGGAAGCCAGGCGGCUCUUCCAGCAAAUUCUGUCUGCUGUGGAUUAUUGUCAUAGACAUAUGGUUGUUCAUCGUGACCUAAAACCAGAGAAUGUGCUAUUGGAUGCACAGAUGAAUGCCAAGAUAGCGGAUUUCGGACUAUCUAAUAUGAUGUCAGAUGGCGAGUUUCUACGAACUAGUUGUGGAUCUCCAAAUUACGCAGCACCUGAAGUCAUCUCAGGCAGGUUAUAUGCAGGCCCUGAAGUUGAUAUCUGGAGCUGUGGUGUCAUCUUGUAUGCUCUUCUUUGUGGCACCCUCCCAUUUGAUGAUGAGCAUGUUCCUACAUUGUUUAAGAAGAUCCGCGGGGGUGUGUUUUAUAUCCCAGAAUAUCUCAAUCGCUCUGUUGCCACUCUCCUGAUGCAUAUGCUGCAGGUUGACCCUCUGAAACGAGCAACUAUUAAAGACAUAAGAGAGCAUGAAUGGUUUAAACAAGAUUUGCCCAAUUACUUAUUUCCUGAAGACCCCUCUUAUGACGCUAACGUCAUUGAUGAUGAGGCUGUGAAAGAAGUGUGUGAAAAAUUUGAGUGUACAGAAUCAGAAGUAAUGAACAGUUUAUAUAGUGGUGACCCUCAAGACCAGCUUGCAGUGGCUUAUCAUCUUAUCAUUGACAAUCGGAGAAUAAUGAACCAAGCCAGUGAGUUCUACCUCGCCUCUAGUCCUCCAACUGGUUCUUUUAUGGAUGAUAGUGCCAUGCAUAUUCCCCCAGGCCUGAAACCUCAUCCCGAAAGGAUGCCACCCCUUAUAGCAGACAGCCCCAAAGCAAGAUGCCCAUUGGAUGCACUGAAUACAACUAAGCCCAAAUCGUUAGCUGUGAAGAAAGCCAAAUGGCAUCUUGGAAUCCGAAGCCAGAGCAAACCAUAUGACAUCAUGGCUGAAGUUUACCGAGCUAUGAAGCAGCUGGAUUUUGAAUGGAAGGUGGUGAAUGCAUAUCAUCUUCGUGUAAGAAGAAAAAAUCCAGUGACUGGCAAUUAUGUGAAAAUGAGCUUACAGCUUUACCUGGUUGACAAUAGGAGCUAUCUUUUGGAUUUUAAAAGCAUUGAUGAUGAGGUGGUGGAGCAGAGGUCCGGUUCCUCGACACCUCAGCGUUCCUGCUCUGCUGCUGGUUUACACAGACCGAGGUCAAGUUUUGAUUCUGUGACUGUGGAGAGCCAUUCACUUUCUGGCUCCCUCACAGGCUCCUUGACUGGAAGCACAGUGUCUUCAGCGUCCCCUCGCCUGGGUAGUCACACCAUGGAUUUUUUUGAGAUGUGUGCCAGUCUCAUCACUACUUUAGCCCGUUGAUGACCUGUCCCUGGUUUCUAUCUUUCUGUUACUGCACUGUGAAAAUAAGAUAUAUUCUUUAAAUUGUUACCUUCCAGAUAUCACAUACUCUGCAAUAUUUUUCUUUUUGGACCGGGAAUCGAACUCAGGAUCUCACGCUUGCCAAGCAGGCGUUGUGGCCCUGAGCUAUAUCCCCGGCCCCAUACUCUGCAAUAUUGAGAGAGAUGAAUAUUACCAGGGGAAAUGCAAUACCACUGAAACUACUGAAAACAAAAAGCCUGACAUUUAAUUUAGAACUCUCAUUUUGUUGUGCCUCUCAUAAGCUCACAUAGGCAGUGUUUUUAGUGGGUGGACAUUGACGAAGAUUGUUAAUUUACAGUUGUGAAUUCACUACAGGUGAUGAGCACACCUCACUGCUGAGUCAGCUAGUCCAGCACUUCCUCGUUCCACUAUUUAGUGUAGGUAGAUCCAGCUUCUUAAGUUACAGCAGGUUUUAAGCUGGGCUUUUGCUUGCAGUUUUGUGGUACAAGAAUAUUAAAAGACAAAGUUGUCAUUAGUAAAAUGUUAUUUAGAUGGUGAAAUGUUAAAAGGUUACGCCCCAAAUUUUAGAAAUCAAGUUUUUCUAACAGUGUUUGCAGAUGCUGCCUACCAUUCAUCAGAAGGGCUGUGGUCUUGUAACAGGUGCCCACAAUUUCCUUAAGAACAGUUUUAUCUUGAGAUUUCCCAGAAUAAUGUUGUUUCUCUUAAGAACCUUAAAGGUUCUAGUUAGUAUUGGAACAUCUGGAAUUGGAACACUUUCUGUCUUUUCCAUAAGCUCACGUAACUUAAAAACAUUUUCAAGACCUAUCUUUUUCAAAUGCUUUUUGUGACUUUAUUUUUGCACAUUACCAGGAAUGUAAAAGACAGUUAAAUGAAACAACUAGAAACGUCACCAGUCCCUUAAAAGGGUACUGUUAUUUUUGAUCUUUUGUGUGUAUGUGGUAGGGGAGGAUUAGGAAGUUACAGUCCAGCUGUACCUCAUGAUAUAAUUCUUUGUUUGAAAUUUAAAUUGUACAUGCCAGCUCCUUCCGCCACCUUCACCUGUGACGUUGUCUUUAUUCCUGGACCUUCACUGGCUGAUUACCUAAGUUUUGAUUCCCUUUUGGUCCCCUUUCUUGGUUGCUAGUCAUUCGUUUGAAAACUGUGGUUCUGCCCUAAGGGCUUUUAUGCUUCCAAAGCUUGAUAGCCUGUGACCUUCACUCUUGAUCCUGAUAGGGUGAAGAAGCCUUAAGCAUUCAAAAAUAUUCUAUCUUGAAUAACUAUAUGUUGCUUACAUAUAUAAUAUAUGUGUUCACACACCAGUGCUUUUAAUCCAAAACCACAUUUUUUUGUUCUGCUUUGUGCAAGGUUUUUUGUUUUAAAGAUUAAAAACACCCCAGCUGUAUAUAGCAGGGUAGGUAGUAGCUUACUGAUUAUAUGUUGUUUUAGUACAACUAUUUAAUUUUUAAAUUAUAUGUAAUUUAUCUAAUUUGUAUUUAUUCAUUUAUUCUAUUUAUGUUGUAAUUUACAAUCUCAUUCACCAGACUCACCCUGUAAAAUAUUAAGGUCUUGAAAACAAAAAAAAUGACAUUGCCUUGACAGGUCUCUCUGCCACGAAUAAUGUAUUUUCUACAAAGAAACAAAUGAGAAUGUUAGACCAAGUUUUUCUUGUGUUUAUGGACGAUAAGUAUAUCUAUCUUAAAAGAUCAGUUGAGUCAGGAGCUUGCAUUGUGGAACCUUUAACAUGUGGCAUUCAAUAUUCUAAGCCCAAGUUCUUAAUAGUAAAAUAAAAAAAAUUUUUUUUUCAUGCAUUUGAUGGGGGGGUUGUACACUGAGAUGACAGUUUAAGGUUUAACCUUUGAAAGAUUGCCAUCUUGUGGCCUGAGAGGGUAAUUUUGUUUAGUAAUUAAUUUGGUGGGGUAAAUAGUCCUGCUGUUAAGUAAGCUGUUCAUUGCAUGUACAGCAUGAUCUUGUCUUUUCCAGUGUACGUAUAUUUUUUGGGAAACACAAGGCGAUUUCAUAAUUUUUGCCUAGCUGAAUGGGAUAACUUUAGAAAUAAGGAACUAAUCAAGUUCUUUGUGCACAGUGAAGACCCCAAAGCAACUUCAUAGGCAGAGAAACAGCAAGAGUCUGGAACAUUUUAGUUUUUUUGAACCGGGAAUCAAACUCAGGACCUCGUACUUGCCAGGCAGGUGCAGUGCAGCUGAGCUAUAUACUCCUGGCCCCAUUUUAGCUUUAUUAGUCUAGUAAAUCAGAUGUUGGAAUUUUUUAGUAGAUAUUAGAAUGUUUUUUGAGAGUUAAAAAAUGUAUUUGCUAUUUUUUUAUUCUUACCAGUAUUUUGAGCACCCACACACAGUUUGAUAGUUACCUGUUUGUUGAAUUUUGGGGGACCUGAGGGUCAUAGUUUUUUUUUUUUUCUGGGUAACUUUUUAAAACAUAACUUUUCUGUGAUUUUAGGUGGUAUACUUUGUUUUGAAAAAAUUGCAGGAGACUCAGUCUUGCAUAAUAAAGACUAGAACAUUAUCAUAAACAGGCUUUUUUUCCUUGUGGGCACAGAGAAGGAAGGAAUAUGCUGCUAAUCCCAAACUCCCAUAUUUUAGUCUUGUGACUGGUUAACUGUGGGUGUAGUACAUAGGUCUGGGCUGAGAGGAAUUUCUCCCAGUUCAGAGACUGGGGAGAGCUUCUGUGGCUGUUGUAUGACAGCUAGUUCUUAUGUGUGUCAUGCAAAUGGACUCCUUUUGGUUCUAGGACAGCAUUUCCCAAGUAAACAGAUUUCAUGAAGUAAGUUUGGAAAAUAUCCUACUUUCCCCCUUAGGAUAACAGAGAAGUAUUGAAGAGUGACAGAUCCUUUCAUGUAAAAAUGAAAACCGUAUAAUUUUAUUUAAUCCUGCUUUGCCCAAAUUAAUUUACUAUUUUAAAAAAACUUGGGAGAAAAAAGUUUGGAAAAUGCUUUUUAGGAAAGUUACUGUACCAGGUGAUCAUAAUUAGGGUAGUUACGAAUGCAGUUAAGACAGUGCUGCGUUUUCCCUUCUCAGUUGUUGGGGAGAACCUGGUUCAGAGUCAGAACCUUCUGUUUUAACCCCUAGACAUACAGAGUAAAUGCAGAACUAAGAAUUUUUGUCUGAAACUUGUUUUGUAAAACACUCGUUUUCACAAUGAGGUUGUAGUAUUGUGUGGGAGCAAGAUUUAUUUCUUGUAUUAAUGGGUGACUGAAAACUAUUAAAGAAAAUUACUUGUGAAGAAAAGACUAAGAGACCCUUAAACCAUGAGCCAGUAUGAUUGAUGCUUUCAAAAUGUGUAAUCAGUGAACAUCUAAACACUUUUGUUUAGAAUGCCAUAUUUAAACCUGAUGCUUGUCUUUCAGUUUAGGGAGAGACACUGUCUCACAUUAAGUAUGCAGGGAGAAAGGGAGGCGAACCAUUUAGAAGUUGUUUUUUGUUGUAAUCACAGAACUUUUAAAAGACAUUUUUGUAAACUCUAGUGUGUGCAUUGAUACUAGCCACAAAUAAGGAGAAUCCAGGAAUCUUUGAAAUAAGUUUUUCUGUGUCAGUCAGCUGGUGAUUUGUAACACAGACACUUACCCUUUUUUCCACAAAUACUUUGUUACAAACACUUUCUCUUAUUCUGUAGCCAAUUCGUACUUAGGGAAUACAAAUUAAUUUUUAGGAUCGAGAUGUAAUUUAGAAAGUAAUCAUAAAGAAUCAUUACAAAUUUGGGGACUACUUUAUCUGUAACAUCUAUUAAUGUUCAGUACACUGAGUUCAUAUAGGCAUUACCCCUCUUUUUUAAAUUAUAAAAGCCUGGGUCAUGCCUACCAAAGAUGCUGCAUCUUUUGUCCAUUCACUGGCUAAUAAUUUAAAUCCCAGUAAUGGUAAGAUCUCAGUAUCUAAAUGCUAGAUACAUUCAUAGUUUUGUCUGUUUUUGUUUUUAAACACCCAAAUCUGUCAUUUCUUUUACCUUGUUCUCUUACCAUCCUGUGGCUUUUUAAGUGGGGAAUGUAACUUGAAUCGUAGUUCUCAGACUGCAUGACUUAACUCUGUGAGAGGUGUGUGCAAUCUGCUGAUAAGUCAUAGCCUGUGUUGGACCUCAUUUCUGUGACCCUAAAAUGGGAGGGACAGAGUAGAAGACUUCUAAGGUACCUCUGAACGUUAAAGUUUUUGCCUUUUCUACCUUUGCAUGUGGUUUGUGUUAAAUGUUCACUUUAUAUGUAUUUAGAGUUUUUAUACUAGCGUGAAUGUUCUCUUUUGGUUCAGUGAGGCAUUUUGAUGAUGUAUACUUGAAUAUUUUUCUAAAUAUAGCUGUCCUCUGACAUGCAGAUGGCAAAAAUCAUCCAGAAACCAGACAUGUUCAAACAUCAUGAUGACUUGACAUAGGACACAAGAUAACUAAUUAUAGUCCUGGAAGUGUUCCACACAUUUCUAUAUUGAUAUUUAGAUUUAGGGAACACCCCCCCAUCUGUUAAUUUACAUUAUAAUAACCUGGGAGAUAACCAGAAAAGUACAUUUUGCCACUUUGCAGAUGAGGAAACAGCAUCACAAAGCUCUUUAUAAAGCUGAAUUCACUGGCAGUCAGUUGCUGUUCAGAGUACACCACCUUUCUUCUAGGGUGGAGCAGUCUGAAGUCCUAAACACAGAUUGCUUUUAAGUCUUAGAGUGAUGUAGUCUUAACUAAGUAUUUCUUAGUUUAAUUGUAUAAACCAGUUGAUUGUAAUAAGUAGGUGCAAUUAUUUGAAGUAUUUAUGAUUAGCAUGUUGAUUUUUUUAUAAGUACUUGUAAGCUAUUGAGGGUGCUUAAAAAUACUAAAGAAACUUUAGGACAUAAUUCUUCCUGUAAUUUUAUUUCUAUGAUUAUUCCAGCACAUUCUCUUCAAGAAAAAUUAGCCUCAGUCCUUAUCUAAAUUAUCAUAGCUUUUGACCGUUACCUGAGAAUUAAGCCUAUCUCAAUUUCAUAUACAGGUUGGUAAUUUUUUUGUAUGCAUAUUAGAUAAUACACUUUUCAUAGAGUGUGUUUUUCUUUAUGAAGUACCUAAUUAUUAUUGGCUUGAUAAAGAUUCUUCCAAACUUAAAACUUUGAAAUGGAACUUAAAUUUAAGGAGCUUUGAAAUUCCUAUAAACCCAUACCAAGUUGUUGGCACCCUAACUGGCCUUUCCCACAUAGAAUUAUAAUGUAUUUGAUGCCACUGAAUAGUAAUGGCAUGAAGGAUAGGACCCUUCAUCUGGACGGGGUUAAUCCGUUAAUUAGGUUAAACUUCUGCAGCUAUAAUCAGGUAAGAAUCAGGACGAGUCUAGAAGUGCUCAGACUGUGGGCCUAUGUGAAUUUUGUAAGCCAGUGUUAAUGUUUACUGCCAUCCAUGCAUAUAGUGCCAAUUUGCAGCCUUGACUUUUGGUGAUGGUGGUUUAUAUUUCAAACAGUUUAGAUAUUAUGGAUGUAGCUCAUGAUUAUUCGGACAAAUAGGCUAGGUAAAUUUUAAUCAUUAAAGUGCAAUUAAGAAACUCCUAGAGUAGAGAACUCUUUCUAGGAGAAAGAGUUAACUAUUUGUAGAAUAUUCUGGGAUGAAAACAUUUUGAAUAUACAUAGAGUUUUGACAAGAUUUAUACAGUGUGAUUUUUUAAAUUCUAAAUUUCCUGUAUUUAAAUUUUUAAGGAGGAACAAAAUUCUAGGCAAGGAGAAUUGCAUAAUUUUUUUUCUGCUAAAAAUACGUUUGUCAGUUGAAAGUUCCUUUUAAGUUUUUUUUUUUUUUAACUGAAAAAGUCAUUUUUCUAGAAAGGUAGCAUUUUCUUAAAAUGGAAAGGAGAAAUCUACUGUUCUGAAAACAACCCCCUGAAUUGUGCCUUUUCUCUUAAAUUAUAGGAAUAAUAGUAAAGUUGUUUAAACCUUGCCCCCAUUCCUUUUCAUUUUUCCUUAGAUUUUCUCUUCACAGCUGAUCAUGUUGCUUCUACCUGUUUGGUUUCAAAUUACUUUGGCCAAACCACAUAGUGUCUGUCACAGCUGAAAGUUGUUCACUAAAUGUAUUUUCUAUUUCUUGUAUGUUGUUUCACGUAAAUCACCUUGGUAAAUAUUUAGCUGCCUUUUCAUGCUUUUAAAAGGAAUACAAUGAAUAGUAAUCUCUAUAUUUUAAAAGUUUGGAAAGGAAAGAAUUAAUGCAGAGUUAAGGACAAAAUCUAAUUGGAAUCUGAUUCCUUUGACUGCUAUAGCAGUGCAAGUCAUAGAACCUCAUUGUUUUCUCUUGUACAAAAUGUGGAUAAUAACCUACCUCACAGGUGUGUGUGAGAAAUGGAAGAUCCUUGUUUAAGUACAAGGUUUAUAGCCCCUAUUUAAUGUAUAUCCUUUUUUUAAAUAGAUAUCUUUGAUACUGAUAGGAUGAGAAUCUUGAUUUUUAGGUGAGUUUUAUGUGGUAAAAAAAUAGUGCUAAGAAUGUUUAAGACCAGUUUCACAAAUUGUGGAGGGUUUCUUUUUGAGAUUCUUAAAAUUUCUUGAAAAUAUCAACUGUUCAAAUAUUAGCUUGUCUUUUGUUUCACCAGGUAGUCAGAACUAUUUAAAAUGUUGGCUGAAGCUGCCUUAAUGCACCAAAAUAACAGUUGUCAAGACUGUUCACAAUCAUUUAUGGCUGUACACUGUUUUGAGUGUGUAAAUGUGAAGUUGUUAUAGAGCUGCAAACUCAAAUGACAGUAUCUUGCUACUGCUUUAGGAAGAGUGGUUGUGUUCCUUGUCAUGUGUGCAGAAAUACUGUAUAGUGGAUUUUGAGUGUGACAAAUAAAACUGAAAGUUGACCACGUUAGGUUAUGUCUGUGACAAUCGUAAGAUAGGAUUGGAUGGUAAUUAAUUUUUUUCCCAAGAUCAUGAAUUCAUACUAUUUCGGUCCAUUUCUGAAAAAAACAAAAUCAUAGGUUAAUACAUGGGAGCACUGCACUAUAUUUAAAAUGUUUAAACUGUUGAAAUUGGGACCACUGGUUUCUGGGAAAAAAGCAACAGGUUCCAGUGCUUUGUGUUUUGAUAACCAUGGACUCAAAUUUCAGUUUUGUUUGUUACGUCUUUUUGUGAUUGUUAAAUGAUCAGUGGGAAGGAUUGUCUUCCAGUAACCAUGUGGAAAAUAUGUCUUCCUGAAUUACAUAGCAUCUCACAUUACAGGUUCUCUCUGUGAAACUCAUAGGUAGCCACACAAUGAAAAAGGCCCUGCUGACUGCUUAUACGCUUUUUUCACAAAAUCAAAAUAAAGUCUGGUUAAUUGGAAAA